GCCGCAGCGCCCCGGCCGCGGAGGGCGGAGCGGCCGGACUCGAUUCCCGGCCGACCGGGGCCAUCACCGCCCCAGCACCGCCUCCUUCCCUCCUUCCCUCCCUGCCUGGCUUCCUCCCGCCCCGCGCAGGCGAACGGUCCGAGGCGCAGCCCCUGCGUGUUCCCGCAGCUCCGUGGCCGCGCUUCCCGCUCCGCUCCCGCCGCCCUCCUCCCCUUCUCCCCCGGCAGCGCCGCGCCCUCCGCGCCCUCCGCUCCCUGUUCCCGGCGGGCCGGGGCUGCCCCUGCAACCGGCUUCCCCCGCACUCCGGAGGCUCCCAAUAUGUUCAGCGCCGUCUGCGCUCAGAGGCACCAGGUUAUGAUGAAUGAUUAUCACAGAAGAAAUUCAUGUCUAUAGCUCAUAAGGACUUUAUUACAUCAUCUUCAAGCCUGAUAGUUUUGGAAUCCAUAUUGCAGCUGCUUCUGCAUUUCAACAAACAUCUCCCCAGAGCACGGAAACUCAAGUGCUCUGUUCUAACACAGUGAUACCAUUGGACUAUUUUAAAUUUACAGUCAUAUAUUUGUUAGCCAAACCAUCACCAAAAUGAUUCCCAAUGGAUAUUUGAUGUUUGAAGAUGAGAACUUCAUCGAGUCCUCCGUUGCCAAACUCAAUGCCUUACGGAAGAGCGGCCAGUUCUGCGACGUCCGCCUCCAGGUGUGUGGCCACGAGAUGCUGGCACACCGAGCUGUGCUGGCCUGCUGCAGCCCCUACCUGUUUGAAAUCUUCAACACUGACAGUGACUGCCACGGAGUGUCCCACGUGAAGUUUGAUGAUCUCAAUCCAGAGGCUGUGGAAGUUCUGUUGAAUUAUGCCUAUACUGCUCAGUUGAAAGCUGACAAAGAGCUGGUUAAAGAUGUAUACUCUGCAGCAAAGAGGUUGAAGAUGGAGAGGGUUAAGCAGGUCUGUGGUGACUAUUUGCUGUCCAAGAUGGAUGUGCAGAGCUGCAUCUCCUACCGGAACUUUGCCAGUUCCAUGGGAGACUCCCGUUUGUUGAACAAGAUCGAUGGCUACAUACAGGAACACCUUGUACAGAUUUCAGAACAGGAGGAAUUUCUCAAACUCCCACGGCUAAAGCUUGAAAUAAUGCUGGAAGACAAUGUUGGCCUACCCAGCAAUGGCAAAUUGUACACAAAGGUAAUCAACUGGGUACAGCGCAGCAUCUGGGAGAACGGAGACAGCCUGGAAGAUCUCAUGGAAGAGGUGCAAACGCUGUACUACUCAGCUGAUCACAAGCUGCUUGAUGGAAAUCUGCUAGAUGGACAGGCUGAGGUGUAUGGCAGUGAGGAUGACCACAUUCAGUUUGUGCAGAAGAAGCCACCACGUGAGAAUGAUCACAAGCAGAUCAGUAGCAGCUCCACUGGAUGUCUUUCUCCAAAUGCUACUGUUCAGAGUCCUAAACACGAGUGGAAAAUCAUUGCUUCAGAGAAGACCUCGAGUAACACGUACCUGUGUCUGGCUGUUCUGGACGGGGUGCUGUGUGUGAUCUUCCUGCACGGCCGGAACAGCCCGCAGAGCUCCCCCUCGAGCACCCCCCGGCUGCUGAAGAGCCUCAGCUUCGAGCUGCAGCCCAGCAAUGUGGUGGAGAAGCCCAUGUCCCCCAUGCAGUACGCGCGCUCGGGGCUGGGCACGGCCGAGCUGCACGGCAAGCUCAUCGCUGCAGGUGGCUACAACCGGGAGGAGUGCCUGCGCACGGUGGAGUGCUACGACCCGCAGAGCGACACCUGGACCUUCAUCGCGCCCAUGAGGACGCCCAGGGCGCGGUUCCAGAUGGCAGUGCUGAUGGGGCAGCUCUAUGUCGUGGGGGGAUCCAACGGCCACUCGGAUGACCUGAGCUGUGGAGAGAUGUACGAGCCAGAGAUCGACGACUGGACUCCUGUCCCAGAGCUGAGGACCAACCGCUGCAAUGCAGGAGUGUGUGCCCUGAAUGGAAAGCUGUACAUCGUGGGUGGUUCUGAUCCUUAUGGCCAAAAGGGACUGAAGAACUGUGAUGUGUUUGAUCCUGUAACAAAGUCCUGGACAAGCUGUGCUCCCCUGAACAUCCGGAGACACCAGUCGGCCGUGUGCGAGCUGGGGGGGUUCCUGUACAUCAUCGGGGGAGCCGAGUCGUGGAACUGCCUCAACAGCGUGGAGCGUUACAACCCUGAGAACAACACGUGGACCCUCAUCGCGCCCAUGAACGUGGCACGGCGCGGCGCCGGCGUGGCCGUGCGGGAAGGCAAGCUGUUCGUGGGCGGCGGGUUCGACGGCACGCACGCGGUGAACUGCGUGGAGAUGUACGACCCCGCGCGCAACGAGUGGCGCAUGAUGGGCAGCAUGACCACGGCCCGCAGCAACGCCGGCAUCACCACCGUGGGCAACACCAUCUACGCCGUGGGCGGCUUCGACGGCAACGACUUCCUCAACACGCUCGAGGUCUACAACCCGGAGACCAACGAGUGGAGCCCCUACACCAAGAUCUACAAGUUCUGAGUGAAUUAAAUCCCCUUUUCAGACUAACAGGCUUAGUGAUGUAAUUGUGUGUCGGUAGAGGUACACCUGUGAAUAGGGGCGGGGAGGGCAUAGACGUUGCCAACAGCAACACAGAGCUUUUGCAUAUUGCAUAUUAAUGUGCUGUACAUAUUUUGUUUUGGAAAGAAUAUUGAGAUGAAGGGGGUUUUUGUGUAUUUUAGAACUUUUGUUUUGGUUUUGUUUUCAAGAUUUUGGAGAUAAAGCAGGAGAAACUAGACUGGGCAUAUCAUUUCAGGAGCUUCCCCCAGUGUUUGUUCUGUCACUUUGCACAUGAAAUGGCUUCCUGUAGGUGUGUUCUCGGGGCAGGAAGGGUAAAGUUUGGGGGGGAUAGUUGUUUUUUCUUUCUCAUCAGGCCUUGGUUUCCUUCAGUAACUGGAACAAUCUGUAACAAGAAGCCUUAUUUAAAUAGAUAUAAUGGCUAUUUUUUUUAUUAAAAAAAAGCUGACAUGCCUCUGCUAAUACCUUAUCUUUUACAAUUGCCUUUUUAUAACAGUUUUUAUAUACUCAGCAGAGUAUUUUGUCUGUUGAAAUGCACAUGGCAGAUCAAUGGUUAUUGGAACAAAGAGACAACCUUGGAGUUCAUAGAGAGCGAGUGGGACAGUGGACUCACCCGUGUGGGAGCUUUGCCUCUGCUGCAAUAGUGUAAGUUAGUCUGCACCACCUACCUUAGAGCUGCACAGGCUUUCUGAGACACCACAGCUGAGACUUCCUGGGGGGGAGAAUUCCUUUGGCUCUGGGUGUUUUGAGGACGCAGAGCGCUUUCUGUACAGCCGUUUGUUACUCUGGGUGAGCUGAUCUUUGUCCUCAGCUCGGGGGGGGGGUUCUCAUAGGUUUUCAACUCUUGCCAGUUGGCACUGAAAAUGUGUUGUAGUAACUGUUUUAAGUUUAUUUUUCUAAUAUUCCGAGCUGGAAGUGUGAUAGAACACAAAUAACUUGAUUUCCUAUGUGCUCAUAGUCCUGUUUUCGUUCACUCUCUCUGUUCCUCUGGAUCAGCUGUUGGGUUGGGAUGACUUGGUGUCUAAUGUGUAGUGCUGCACACCUAACUGGGUGCCAAACUAGCACUGACUGCUUGCUGCUGCUGCAAACACAUUAAAGGUACCUUUUGGGAAACCCUCGCACCACA